UUUGUUUUCAAUUUGAUAAAAAAGAAUUAAAUAUUCCGACAAAAAUUUGACUACUACUAGUUUUUUAUCACGUUAUUAUUUUUUUUAUACUAAAAUAUUUUUUGUUUUUCGUUUCUGUGGUCGCGUUCCGCAUUCCGACGUGCCAAGUGUGUGUGUGUUUUUUUUCCCAUUGGUUUUUGUUUUCCAAAUAAACAGCAGUGAUAUUCAAUUUAUUUCUUAAUUUUUUUUUUUAUUUUGGUUAAUUUUUGUUUGUUCAAAGGGACUUAAAACUCUUACGCACAAACAAGUUUCUCGUUUUUCAGUCCCUGUGCUCGGUCUCUUUCUGUGUGUGUGUGUGUGUGUUUUUUUUUUUUUCCUUCCUUACAGGGACUUAGAAAAAAAUCAUGAAUUUUGGAAGUGGGUUCAGAAUUGAAAUUGUGUUGAAUGCAGAUCGUAAUUUGCUUGGUGCGAUCGACCGGCCUUCCCUAACUGGAGAAUUCAGAUGAUUUAGCUCACAGAUUUUCGGCCGUACCAUUGCUGUUACACUGAAGUGGGGAUUUCUGUUGGACAUUAUUCCUCUUUUUCUUUCCUCAUGGAAGAUCAGUUAAGUUUUCUGAAUUUAGGAGGAGAUGGGUUACAGAUUGUUUGAUCAGUCACUUAGAUUGACUUAGGAGUUCACGGGUGUGAAGGUUGCAGUACUUUGUAAAAGUCGAUUUAUUUAUUUAUUUAUUUUUUAAAUUUUGUUGAUGUCAUAGUCCUUUGUUAGUGAAAAGGAAUUUAACUUUAUUGUAAAAAUAGAGAUUCUAUAGUUUUUGCUCCUUGAGAAAGAGAAAGGGAAAAAACAGAAAAGUUUAAAGUAGGAGAGCUUUUGGGGGGUUAGAGGGGUUUGGUGGAGAUGUCUAAGGUGGUCUAUGAGGGGUGGAUGGUGCGAUAUGGGCGGAGGAAGAUUGGAAGAUCAUUCAUCCAUAUGCGAUAUUUUGUUCUCGAGCACCGGUUGCUCGCCUACUACAAGAAGAAGCCUCAGGACAAUGUGGUUCCUCUGAAGACUCUCCUUAUAGAUGGGAAUUGUCGGGUGGAGGACCGGGGCUUGAAGACUCACCAUGGACAUAUGGUGUAUGUAUUGUCAGUUUACAACAAGAAAGAGAAGCACCAUAGAUUAACGAUGGCAGCUUUCAACAUUCAGGAGGCUCUCAUUUGGAAAGAGAAAAUUGAAUCUGUUAUUGAUCAGCAUCAAGAGUCACAAGCUGCAAAUGGUAACAAAUACCACUCAUUUGAAUAUAAAUCUGGAAUGGACAAUGGAAGGAAAUCCUCAUCCUCUGAUCGUGAAAGUCAGUUCAGUGCCGCUGAGGAUGAAGAUGAUAACCAUCCAAAUUUGUUGAGAAGAACAACCAUUGGAAAUGGUCCCCCGGAAUCUAUAUUGGACUGGACAAAGGAAAUUAAUGCUGACCUGGGGAACCAAAACAUACAAAAUCAGGCUUUUUCUAGGAAGCACUGGCGCUUGCUUCAAUGUCAAAAUGGACUUCGCAUUUUUGAAGAGCUGGUUGAAGUAGAUUUUCUUCCAAAAAGCUGUAGUAGAGCUAUGAAAGCUGUUGGGGUGGUGGACGCUACUUGUGAAGAGACAUUUGAGCUUUUAAUGAGUAUGGAUGCUUCGCGAUUUGAGUGGGACUCCACUUUCCAGUAUGGUAGCCUGGUAGAGGAGGUAGAUGGGCAUACAGCUGUACUAUAUCACAGACUGCAGUUAGAUUGGUUGCCAAUUUUAAUAUGGCCUCGUGACCUCUGUUAUGUUCGUUACUGGCGUCGAAAUGAUGAUGGAAGCUACGUUGUGUUAUUCCGUUCGAGAGAGCAUGAGAAUUGUGGCCCACAGCCAGGGUUCGUUCGAGCUCAUAUAGAAAGUGGAGGGUUUAAUAUUUCUCCACUGAAACCUCGUCAUGGAAGGCCCAGAACACAAGUGCAGCAUCUCAUGCAAAUUGACCUCAAAGGCUGGGGUUUGAAUUAUGUUUCUUACUUUCAGCAGCAAUGUCUACUACAAAUGUUAAAUAGUGUUGCAGGAUUGCGUGAAUAUUUUUCUCAAACUGAUGAACGGCCAGCUGCACCAAGGAUUCCUGUUAUGGUCAACAUGACAUCAGCUUCAGUUUCUAACAAGAAGAGUGAAAAACUCUAUGGCUCCUCUGUUCAUAAACGUAGUAUGUCUGUCGAUCAAAUAGGUUCUUCGAAUAAAAAUGGUUUAAUGAUGGAUGAUGACUCGGAUGAGGAGGAAGAUUUUCAAGUACCUGAACAAGAGGUACCAGGUCAAGAGGAGCUUCCAUCAAGCAGUACAAGCCCUGAUGAAGUGAAGAAAUCUGUUGGUGAAGCUCCUAUGGAAGAAGUGGUGGAUGACAUUGAUUUUUCCAUUUUUUCGGGUAACCUGCGACGAGAUGACCAUGACAAAGCUCGAAACUGCUGGAGUAUAUCUUCUGGAGAUAAUUUUAGAGUUCGCGGCAAAAACUUUUGCAUGGACAAAUCCAAAAUCUCAGCUGGAAAACAUCUUAUGGAUCUAGUGGCUGUUGACUGGUUCAAAGAUUCGAGGCGGAUGGAUCAUGUUGCUAGGCGGCAGGGAUGUGCAGCACAAGUUGCCUCAGAUAAAGGACUUUUCUCGUUGGUUGUAAAUGUGCAAGUGCCUGGAUCAACACACUACAGCAUGGUUUUCUAUUUUGUGACGAAGGAAUUAACUCCUGGAUCUCUUCUACAACGUUUUGUUGAUGGGGAUGAUGAGUUUCGAAAUAGUAGACUAAAGCUUAUUCCGUCUGUCCCCAAGGGUUCAUGGAUUGUGCGUCAAAGUGUGGGAAGUACCCCUUGUUUACUUGGGAAAGCCGUUGAUUGCAAUUAUAUCCGAGGCAAUAGAUAUCUGGAGAUUGACAUUGAUAUUGGUUCAUCUGCUGUCGCAAAUGGAGUUUUGGGGCUUGUGAUUGGAGUAAUUACAACCUUAGUUGUUGACAUGGCAUUUCUUGUACAGGCAAAUACCCCGGAUGAAUUACCAGAGCGGCUUAUAGGAGCUGUUCGCGUUUCUCAUAUUGAAUUGUCGUCAGCUAUCGUACCAAAGCUGGAUACAGAUCAAUCCGAUUCACUUGCAUUGUGAGACUCCCUUGUGGUACAAAAAUUAUUCUUUAAACUUGAAUCAAAUGGUUCGUUAGAAACUCUUAUUGAUAUAAUCCUUUUGUGAUAUAUAGUUUUUCCAUAUUGGUUAAAUCUCUUUUUGGAGAAGUAAUCAACAUGUAUUCUUUACUUGGCCUCCUAUAUCCAUUAUUAAGCCAACCAUUCUUUACAGCGGGACAAUUUUGUGAUUAUACUUUUAAGUCUAUGGGGGGAAAUUGUACCUUUCCUUGGACGAGGUCUUUGUUUUUCUUGUUUUUUACUCCCUUCGUCCCACAAGAAAUGGUGUAGUUUGAUGGAGAAAUUGGCUAUCCUAUCCAAAACUUUUCAGACGUUGUCAAUCUUACCUUAAAGUUUUUUUUAGAUAACCUAUUUUGUCCAUAUUGUAUGAAAUUUUUGCGGAUUUCAUAAGAUUGACAAUUUCUAUCUAACUUAAUGGAUUUUUAUCAGUCUUUCAGUAAAAUAAGAAAUUAAUCUCAAAAUUUUUUCAAUAUAGUAUCGGACAAUUAUAUAAGUAACAAGAUAAUUCCAUUUUACUUUUUACUUUUUUUUUCUAUAUAAUUUUAUUUCUCUUUACUAAAUUUUCA